AUGAGAUUGAGACAUGAGCCAAUAUGCAAAAACGUUUUCGACAAAAAGCGCAAGCCAUUCAAUUCUCUGAAACAACGACUACAAGGAACUGAAAUUCCAACAGUAAAGAAGAAGCCACCACCAAAGAACCAAGAGAAAAAAUCUAACUGGAGACAACAGCAUGAGAACUUCAUUACUGCAAUCAGAGCUGCCAAGCUUGCCACUAUAGCCAUGAAAGAAGGCAGGCCCCUGCCGCCACCCCCUCCUCCAACCAUUAAUCCAGAUUACAUUCAGUGCCCUUACUGCAUGAGAAGGUUUAAUGAGGCUGCUGCAGAAAGGCACAUCAAUUUCUGCAAAGAACAAGCAGCCAGGCGGGCCUUUGCGCCAGGCCAGAAAGGAGCCAAACAGGCCCCCGGAAAACAAACAACUUCCAAAAAAGGACCAACCUUAACAAGUGCUGUGGGAACUCUGCUCCAGAACAAGCCACAAGAAAACACCAGUCCAAGCCAACCUGAAACAGUGGUCUUAAAUUAUGGAAGUGACUCCAAACAAGACCUGCUUGUGAGGCCAUUUGAGGAUUUCUCUGCUAAAGGGAAAACCCGCCGCCAGGCGUCCUCCGCACGGGCCACCGGCGCUCUUGUCCGCCUCAGAGAGUCCGGGAAACCGGCCGCUGUCGGUCGCUUCGGCCUCUGCAGCGCCCGGCCACGCUUCCGCUUCGGGGCGGGAGGCGCGCCAACCGCAGCCCCUCUCCUCCACCACGGCGACGAGGAGGCGGCAGAAUAG